AUGCGUGCACUAGUGAAUAGGGAAAAACGCGAGAGCCCAAGGGAGGGCAUCGUACCGGAAAAUUAUCGGGUGAAGUGUUUUAAAUGCAAAGAAUUGGGGCACUAUUCCCGCGAAUGUCCCCGGACGAAGACACCAGAAGAACUUCUGUUUCACAAGAAAAGAGUAGACGCCAAGAAUGUCACCGUGGAGGAAGAUUCCAGUCGUGAGCCCGACAAGGUGACGACCGAGCUGGGCAAGACCGACAGUACCAACUUGGACAACCAAGAUCAGAAGAGGUGGGACCCAUCGGUCCGCGAGGUGCCUCAGAUUCUGUUACAAGCCGACGACACGAAACGGUCGUCGAAGAACAAUCGCUGCUGCGUGUCUGUGCAGGCGCACGUUGACGACAGAAAUGAGCUGAACCUCUCGCGUGCCUGGAGGACGUCCCAGCGAGCCCAGGACGACCACGACAAGCAGUUCCUACAAGCCAAUAACGACGACGUUGAGAACGUGGGCGCCGGCUACAAAGAAGAACCGAGGGUAUCUUCUGGGAGGCGGAAAUGCCGGCAAGUCAAAGAUGACGACGGCGAAAACGUGGACGGCGACGAAGGACCGAACUUAUCGUCUGAACGGCAGGCGUUCCGGCAAGCCGAGGACGACGACGGCGAGAACGUGGACGACGAAGGACCGAACUUAUCGCCUGGGCGGCAGGAUGACCAUGACGAGAACGUGAACGUGGACGACGAAAAAGAACCGGAUAUUUUGCUUUGUUGGCAGACGUUCUGGCAAGCUGAUGACGACCACGGCAAGGAAGUGGGUGUCGACAAGAAGUCGGACAUCUUGUUAGGGUGGCUGACGUCACAGCCGGCCGGUGAAGGUGUCAGGGAAAGCGGGGACAGUGACGAGGACACCGUCUUCGAGAUGAAGAUGUCCCAGAUUAUAGCUAAGGACGCCGAUGAAGACUCGACCACCUGCCAGCCGGCCACGUAUGAGAGAGCUGGGAGUGUAGAAGGCGUCGACGACGGCGACCACCUGCGAGGCCCUUUCCUGAUUCAAUACUUCUGCCACAAAGUUACCCAUCAUCCUGAAUUAAACCUGAACAUCAUUAUAACACUCGUCAAGAUAACUGUACAUACUCCCUACAAACGGGACAAAUAUGAAAACAAUCAUAUUAACACCUGUAGACCCGCUGCUAUAUGA